UAGGACAAAAACAAAACGACCAACUAUAAUUCAAGAAACACACACCCACUCUAUCCUCUGCCUCUAACAUGGCAAUGGCAAUGGCGCUUCGCAGGCUUUCAUCUUCCAUCGACAAGCCUUUACGUCCUCUCUUCAACGCUUCCUCUGUUUACUACAAGUCCUCUUUGCCUGAUGAAGCUGUCUACGAGAAAACAACUGUUACGUGGCCAAAGCAAUUGAAUGCUCCACUCGAGGUUGUUGAUCCUGAAAUUGCUGAUAUCAUUGAGCAUGAGAAAGCUAGACAAUGGAAGGGGCUGGAGCUGAUACCCUCAGAGAAUUUCACUUCUCUCUCUGUAAUGCAAGCUGUUGGCUCUGUCAUGACAAACAAAUACAGUGAAGGAUAUCCCGGUGCAAGAUACUAUGGUGGAAAUGAGUUUAUUGACAUGGCAGAAACACUAUGCCAGAAGCGUGCCUUGGAAGCAUUUAGGUUGGAUCCAGCAAAAUGGGGAGUGAAUGUGCAGCCUUUGUCUGGUUCUCCUUCCAAUUUUCAUGUUUAUACUGCAUUGCUAAAACCUCAUGAUAGAAUCAUGGCACUUGAUCUUCCUCAUGGAGGGCAUCUUUCUCACGGUUACCAGACUGACACCAAAAAGAUAUCCGCGGUCUCUAUAUUUUUUGAGACAAUGCCAUAUAGAUUGGAUGAAAGCACAGGAUACAUUGACUAUGACCAGUUGGAGGCAUCGGCUAAACUCUUCAGGCCAAAAUUAAUUGUUGCGGGAGCUAGUGCUUAUGCCCGUCUAUAUGAUUAUGACCGCAUACGCAAGGUGUGUGAUAAACAAAAAGCUGUGUUGUUGGCAGAUAUGGCACACAUUAGUGGAUUGGUUGCUGCUGGUGUUAUCCCUUCACCUUUUGAUUAUGCAGAUGUUGUGACUACCACAACCCACAAGUCACUUCGUGGACCCCGUGGGGCUAUGAUCUUCUUCAGGAAGGGGGUGAAAGAAAUCAACAAACAAGGAAAGGAGGUGCUGUAUGACUAUGAGGACAAAAUCAACCAAGCCGUUUUCCCAGGACUGCAAGGGGGUCCUCACAACCAUACAAUUACUGGUUUAGCUGUUGCAUUGAAGCAGGCUACAACUCCAGAGUAUAAAGCAUAUCAAGAGCAGGUUCUCAGUAAUUGCUCAAAAUUUGCACAGGCUCUGAGUGAGAGGGGCUAUGAGCUUGUUUCCGGUGGAACUGAGAAUCAUCUAGUUUUGGUGAAUCUGAAGAACAAGGGUAUUGAUGGCUCCAGAGUUGAGAAGGUGUUGGAAUCAGUUCACAUUGCAGCAAAUAAAAACACCGUUCCGGGAGAUGUGUCUGCUAUGGUUCCUGGUGGCAUCCGGAUGGGAACUCCUGCUCUUACUUCUAGGGGAUUCGUUAAGGAGGAUUUUGUUAAGGUAGCUGAGUUUUUUGAUGCAGCUGUAAACUUGGCUUUGAAGGCCAAGGCAGAGAGCAAAGGAACAAAAUUGAAGGACUUCUUGGCCACAAUUCAGGAAUCAUCUUACUUUCAAACAGAGAUUGCAAAGCUUCGCCACGAUGUUGAGGAGUAUGCGAAACAGUUUCCAACCAUUGGUUUUGAGAAGGCAACAAUGAAGUACAAAGAAUGAGAAAAGAACAAUUCCCCUAAGGGAACACUAUGGUCUUAGUGACAAGCAGUUCAACGUGAUCAGUGUUCCUCAUUCAUGGAAGAGAAGGAAAGCAUAUAAAUAGUUUUAGCCAAGAGCCUCUAUGUAUGAACCUAGAAAAACUUGAUCGAUUGGUAUCUUCUUGCAAUGUAUACAUACAUGUGUGAUUACUGUCACAGCCCAAUGCAACUUAUAGCAUUAUUGCUUUA